CGUCGAGGGCGAGACGCGGGUUCAGAAGCUUAGUACUGCUCCUCAGUCCGCACGUCGGGAUUGAGAAGAGUGCGCGUCGAAGGGUACUCCGGUACACGCGACACCGUGUCGACCAGCUGAUCGGAAGCGAGCCGAGAGAGGGAGAGAGAAAAGGACCGCUGUUUCGCCGUAAGCCACGCUCCCGUCGCCGCCAGCCCUUCUCGCGCCUCCUACGGCCCCUCCGUGACUUCUCGGGCCCAACAGAAUAUCACCAUGAAGGCGACUCCGGUACUGGUAUUAUUCGUCUUAGGAGUAUGUUUGGCCAAUCCAGUGGAGAAGAAGGAGAAGAUCAGCGUCGUCGAGCAGCAGUCUGCGACGCUGAGCUCGUCGGACCGAGCCAAGUACGAGGAGGAGCUUCUGCGUAAGCUCAAUUCGAAAUGCUCCCAGAACGAUAUCAGCAGCUGCGUGAUGUUGAAGCUGGUGACGUACAUGAACAAGUUGCUGAAGAAGGCAUCGAUCGAGUUGACGGACGACAUCGAGAUCCGGAAGACGAGCCAGACGUCGGAGGACGUGAUCACGUUCGAGGCUGGCAGGAGCAAGGACGACGAGACUCAGAUCCUCGACCUCGUUGCGAAUAAGGUCUACGCUUUCGUCAAGUCGAGGAGCAUCAAGUGGAGGAUCCUGCCCGAGGACGACAUCGUCGUUUCCGCGUCUGAGGGCGACACGGGCUCGUUGAACUUCGGCCUCUCUAUUGAACGCGCUGACAAGCCUAUUCAAGACGGCCGCGGCAAGAAGAACAAUCAGAUGGGUCCGUUAAUCGCGGCCGCCAUGUUGAAGAUCGGCCUGAUCGGCGGCCUCGCGUUCAAAGCGCUCGCCCUGCUGGUCGGCAAAGCGCUCCUUCUGUCGAAGAUCGCCCUUCUGCUGGCCGGCAUCAUCGGCCUGAAGAAGCUCUUCUCGCAACAGAAGCACGUCACGUACGAGGUAGUGGCGCAUCCUCAUCACGGCUCGAGCCAUUCCUUCGAACAUGGCCACGGCGACAGCUACUCCAGCGGUUGGGCGAGAAACUUCCCAGGAUUGACGCCGAUCUCCGGCAAGCCAGACGCUCAUGAGUUGGCUUACUCGGCGCACGUCAAGUGAACGACACCCGUCUUCCCAGCGCAAGCAGGAUCCGAGGACCGUUCAGACGAUCGAGACGCUCGAUCCAACUCCACGGCGUCCUCGGAUCGGCGCCCGGGAACGUGUUCUUGGACCCCUUCGCGGAGAAUCCACCCCGAUCGAGUAUUUAUUGCGCCGCCCUUCGUUGCCCUUCAUUUUCUCUUUAUCCCACCUGUCAUCCUCCUUCCACGAUCACCCCUCGUUGUUCCCUGCGAGCCUGAAAUCCCGCACGACAGACCUACGCAUAAAACGACGAUGACGACGACGACGAGGACGAGACACGUCACCGACGCACGCACAGUUUACGCACGUAGUUCAACGGAUACAGCACGGCGACAGCUUCACCGUGACGUCACAUCGCGGAUUAUGGUGAUACGUAGCCCGAGUGGAUAAGAGCCUCUCGAAUGCAUACGGUACACACUCGCAUCGUUGGGCUCUCACCUACUUUCGUGACUGCACUCGAGCAUAAUCGCGGAUUACUGCGAGACUCUCAGUCGUCAGGAUAUCGGACGCGCACAUAUCAGCGUCAUUAUUGGCGUUCUCGUUCAUUGUUGCUGGUGGUUGUUCGAAUCUCCGCGAUAGCUCGAAAGCUCUCUCGUGCACAUUCAAUGCUGACCGUCUGUUUUUCCGCUCAGAUUCUCGUCGCGUGUCUAACGCCGGGCACGCGAUCGUCUGAUUAUCCUUUCUCGCGUUAACCGAGAGGAAAAAUAUCUAAACGAGUAUUUAUUCGUAGGUGUUAAUACACACUUACUUAAAGAUUCUUUCAUUCAAACAGAAUAAACAGUUGGAAAGCUUACAGUUUACGGAAAGCUACGGAUUUUGUGAGAAAAUGUUAUAGUUUGCUUUUUUCAUGUAAAUUCUGUUCCAUGUAAAUUUUGCUACGUUUCUGGUAGUGCAAGAGUAGAUUGCCAGUAAAGUCUACUUUGCCCAAUGAACACAGCAAAUUUUUUAAUAGCACAUUUCAGUUCUUGGAAGAUAAAUAGCAUAUGAGAAAUGGCAGGAUAAUAAAUUACUGCAAAUUGUCCCAUCUCUCGGUUACAAAAUUCUAAUUUUUAAAAUAAAAAUUCCCUAUAUUGAAAAGAAAGUAUUUUUCUCAGUGUAAAGAUAUGUAUAUUGAUAAGAGUAAAUACGUUACUAGUACUCAUGGGAUAAAAAUGUUUAGUAUUCUUUAGAUAUUUUUUUCUUUCACAGUAUAGCUUUGGAAAAAUCUAGACAAUUCAGAAUCAGAUGACUGUAUUUUUAGUGUUGACUAUAGAGUUAAAGAAACGCGAGGAAAAGAGCACAUUGUGUGUGCUUCAUCUUCCAUACUAUUCGUUACUCGUUAUUAAUUUAUUUAUCCGAAAAUGUGAGGCAUUUCUCUAGACUCGAAGUAUCUCGUUGAGUUUGAAGUGCGGUGCGUGAACAUGUGGAAAUUCGCACUUGAAAGUCGCGAGUCUGGGAGUUAUCUCUUCGAUAAGAUUCCCCGGCAGUCUCAUGCAAUUUUAGAUUAUGAAGGAAAUUGCGAGGUUAGGAAGAAAUACGUGCAAAUAAUUGGAGAAUGAUCGCAGAGUAACUUGCGAGAGGAUCAUUACGCGAACGUUAUGCGAGUAAUCGAACGAUUACACAGUUGGUGCAUCAUUAGUCGCGAAAUAGGACGUGUCUUUCUUAGCGGAGAGUCUUGCAGUGAUCUGCUGAACGCAAUAGACAGACAGACAGACGUACUUGUUACUGCGGACUGCUGUUUGUCAACGGAAGGACGCCAAAAUUUCACGAGUUGCGACAACAAACCACACACAUACACAUAAACACAAAAAUGCGUGUAACUAUGUUUUAUUUAUAAUUAAUCCGUGUCUAACUUAUCGUCCCGUCCGAUUAACGAGACUGCGAGAAUGUAUGAUAAUAUAUUUCUGUUAUUUGUGUAUAAAUAAAUAAAUAUUUAUUAUUUUUAUAGAAA